UGGAGGCCGAGACGAGAACCGCAAGCCACAACUCGCAAAGAAUCGCAAUCGCAAUCGCAAUCGCAGUCGCAAAGCUCAAACGCAGACGCAGACGCAAACCGAAAGAAGCCGAAAACCGGAAAAUGCAAAACUUGGAAAUGGGGACGGCCGUUGGGCCAUGAUUACGGGUUUUGCAACGGCGGCGGCACAAGCUACCUUUUCCUUUUUCCUCUCUUUUUCCUCUGUCCUCUCUCUUGGGUAGGUCCUUCGCUUCCGGGCGCUUCGGGCGUCUGUUGCCGCCGCCUGCACCACAUGUUACAUCCAUGGGCGUUGGUUGCUGCUCUGCCACCGAGGCUCAAGGCUGCUGAGCCUCAUCCCAGUUGCCCCAGGAGCGGAUGGGGGCGGACGGCGGGCCGAUUUAAAAGGCGCUGGGCCCGUCUAGACACCAACGAUGCUGACGGGCCCCGCUUGCCUUGGUGGGCAGACAGUGAGCUCUCGGUUUCCGCGGGGCUCUUGCGCGUAUUCCAUGCCGGAUUUCCAUUCAGGUCCCAGGGUUUUGCGGCGCGAGCCUGCAGGUUUUUGGUUCUUGGACCCCAGAGGAAGUACGUAAUGUGUGGAAUGGAUGGAUCGAUGGCUGCGUUGCCUUGCGAUGGCGGCGUGUACGACAUGUACUGUCUGUAUGUGCGGGCCAUACGGAUAUGCCAGGGCCGACCGAUCCAGAUGCAUGGCGCGGCUGCAAGCUGCAAGCUGCCAGAUGGGACGCACCAAGGUUCCGCAUCUCUACUGGCUGUACCUGCACCGUACGUCCUGUGUGUGCAUACCUACAUAUACACUGCCUCCCUUUGACCCACCACAGAGAGAUAUUGGAGGUUCAGUGUCGACGGCUAGGUAACUGGAUGGAAGAGCGCCGCCUCGCUCUCGAGGGGAGACUCGGACGAGACGCUGUUGGGAAGGAAAUGACCAGAGCCACCGAUACUGCUGGA